CAGGGUUAUGACCCAUGGAUUUCCGGAUCAGAACCUCGAUUUCAUGCUACAUCGACUGGAGCAAGACCAACUUCAGAGCGCGACUAGCGGUAUCGAAGCAAACCGCGCCACCGCACAUCAUGCCAAUUCGAGUUCGGCAAAACCUGCUGGAAGCUCCGUAUCUUGUACUCAUUGCAAGAAAGUUGGGCAUGUAGAAGAUAAGUGCUGGAAGAAAUACAAACACUUAGCUCCUAAUCGAAACCAAAGUCGAUUCACUCAAGCUCCAACCGAAGAACCUGAAGUUCCAACCACUGCGAACUACGCAGGCGUGGACGACUCUAUUCCUGGGUGCUUCUGAUCCGAUGUUCAAGUCUAGAGAAUCAUUUCAAAGCUACAAUCCCUGUAAUGUAGAGAUUAGUAUAGGAGAGGAAGGAAGGAUAAUUAAAGCUAUUGGAAAAGGAACAGUAACCAUUAAAUCAAAAUAUGGUCAAUACAACAUCAACAAUGCUUUCCAUGUACCUUCUCUUCCCCAUAAUCUUUUCUCUCUUACUCCUUUCUGGAGGAAAGGUGUUCAACUCGUCUAUUGUAGUAGCAAUUCGUUUGUGCUAAAAAAGAAUGAUUCCAUUAUACUCGAUGGAAAUAUUAUCAAUCAUCAUUCAUAUUAAAGGCGAACAUGCAAUUCAGACAAAACCUGACAAAAUAUGCAAUU